GCCAUGUAUUCGUUAUGUAUAAUAACAGUAACAAUUCGUCGGCAUCAUCAUCGUAAUUUGAUCGAAUGUUAACGAAUUAAAGCAUGUGUCUGUCAGCGUUUUACUCUUCUCUUGACUGAACUGGUAGAAGCUUUUCGUUACGGGCGGAACUGUUUGUGUCCGCCCCUCAACAUGACCGGACUGAUUUGCCAGUGCACCGCUGAACUCCGUUUCGCUCUCAGCCGGUGGGAAACAGCGUCCACCUGUACAAAUCCCAAGUUUUUAUCACUUUUUUGGGGGGGAUUUGGUGAGUUAAAGACUUAUUCUUCAAUUACGGAAUUUCAAAUAGAAGAGGGAGCUAGCUAGCAUGUAAUAAACAUGAACAGUUAACGUUUCUGUAGUGAAUAUAAUCUCUGCUGCAGCAGGAUUUGAAUUGGGGUCUGCAAACCUGUACUAAUGUGUCAGAAUCAGUUAAAGUGUGACAGGGUCAUUUAUGGUUAUAAAUAUGAUUUAAGGUGAGACGAAUGAUUUUAUAUCCAAGUAUUUCUUUAUUGUCUGUCAGGUUGAGGUAAAAUUCAGUCAAAGUGAAAGUGCUGUUCUGAUUUAAAAGGUAAAAUAUGAGGAGCUGGUGUUUAGGUUCACAUCUUAUUGAAAACCUUUGACUCGACUGUUAAAGGAGAAUUUUAUGAAAACCAAAUCUUGAUCCUUAACCACUAUACAGCUUCCUGGAAGAAAAAAAAACACUUUCAGAUUUAAACUCUGUAUUCUGUUCAAAUCCAAAAAAGGUGACACUACUUUGUCUCAUCUAGACCCCACUGGACCAUGUCUUGAUCCACAAUCUCAAUAUUUUCAGAUUUGACCUAGAUGAUUCUAGAGAGGCUGCAGCCUCUUAAUAACAUCUUCUAAAUUUGUGACAAGGGAUGGGAAUUGAUAAGAUUGUAUCGAUAUCAAUGCCGUUAUUGAUUCUGCUUAUCGAUUCAGUUCUUUAAUGAUUCCCUUAUCGAUGCCUCUCUUUGAUUAAAAAAAAAAAAAAGGUAGACUUUAGGUUUUCACCAUUAACUCAAAAUUUUAUUGAGUCUCUGAUAACUGACAAAAUGUAUGCAUUUGAUACUGUGUUCUGUUGACAAAUGUUUAAGCAUGUUGCUGGUGUUUCCACCUUUGCAUAUUAUCACUGCUCGACAUACGUUGCAUGUUGCGCUGUUGUCAUCUCUCUUAGUAAAAUUAAGCCACACUUUAGAUCAUCUCUGCCUCCUUUAACCGUCCGCCAUGCUUUUUCUUUGUCUCUGUUCUUGUUCGCGUAGACUGGCUCUCGUGAAACUGUUUUUCAAGGCACCCAGAAGAAAGCAAUCGUUUUGGGAAUCGUUAAGAUAAAAUGUAAAUGAUGUCGAUGGAUUGAACCAUUUGGAAACGAUUCUCAACAGAAACCGGUUCUCGAUUCCCAUCCCUAUUUGUAACACCUUUUUAUAGUGUCUGUGAGUGUAUAAGAAACAGCAGCCUCACUAUUUUUUCAGGCUUCACCACAAAGAACUAGGUCUUCACCCAAAUCCAGUUAAUAGUCUUAUCAGAUAGCCAGUUAGAGGUAAACCAGGGGAAAAAAGAGCGAAUUAAUGAUAAAAUUUAUAUGAAAAAUUUCUGAUUGUUAUUCUUAACAAUUAUUUUUUGUGCUUAUGCUUUGCAGCAAAAAUGACAAUCUAUCCAUAUCAAUCAGUAACGCAAUAGGAGACAAGAAACUGUCUACUUGGAACAAAUAUGCUGUAAAGCUGUGUUUUAAAUUUAUUACUUCCAAGAGUUCAACUUAUUUUAGGUUUUGCACAGGUUGUGUGCUUUUGGAAUUUGGAUAAGAAUCAAGUCCAAUUGCAAUUCUUUAUUCAAUUCUUUCGAUGUCUUUAUUGCAAUUUCACAAACAAAUAGUGGUUUAAGAAGUUCAGGUAUUGUUGUUCUGCCUUCUGACCAGGUUCUAAAAGGUCCAAAGGUCCAAAGGCGAAAAGAGCAAUAAAACAGACCUUUUUUCUUGCACUUUUGCAACUCAAGUUUAGUGGUUUGGAACCAGGACCUUGUUGCAUCCUGUCAGUCUGGCAGUAGAGAACUAAUGCAACACAUGUGAUCACGUAUAAGGUUUAUAAUGUCAAACACCUUCAGUGAAUUUUUCAGGAAUCCAUAACCCUCCUCUCUACUUGGCCGUCACUGGGACCAAAAGUUGCUCAUGGGUGUUUUAAUGGCAGUUUUACCAGUACACAUUUUACAUAACUUUUACAACUGUUUCUAAAUAGAGUUUUAAAAAGUAGUAACAUGACUCUUAUCACAAAAUGUAUUAUCCAGUGUUCAUUUUUAAACGUCGUUUUACUUUGUGAUCCAGGGAAGAGGGAUCCCAGAGAACAACAUAAUACUGAAUGUUUUUGUGUCUGUUGGUUUUGAACAGGGAGAUGGCGCUGCGUGCUUGUGGCUUCAUAGUGUUUCGCCUAGCCAACUGUGUCCCUCCACCAGACAACAUUGAGUACCUCCUGUUGCAGACCUCAUAUGGAGAACACCACUGGACCCCACCUAAAGGUGUUAACAAAACAAACAUUUAUCAUGUAAGUGGGGAUGAAAACUUAGGAGUUUCUACUGGUACAGCUUUAACUGUUUCCUCAAACAGGUCACGUGGACCCAGGUGAAGAUGACCUCACCACAGCUCUAAGAGAGACCAAGGAGGAGGCAGGACUCGGAGAAGAGCACUUAAAGGUGAUAAAUGGCUUUGUGCAGGAGCUGCGCUAUGAGGUGAGAGGGAAACCCAAAGAGGUGCUGUACUGGCUGGCCGAGCUGAUGGACCCUGGGACAGCAGUGACCCUGUCAGAUGAGCACCAGGACUAUCGCUGGGCACGACUGGAGGAGGCCUGCAAUUUGGCAGGGUACAAAGACCUGCAGGACACGCUAAGAGCAGCACACAAACACCUGGAGGCUCAGGUGGACAAAUAGUGAUGAACCAGGGUGUAGACUGGGAAGAGACCUCAUUAAAAAAGGGGGGAAAGGCAUGUCACAUGGGUCUUUACUGUAUUUUUCAAUGUCAACCUUAAAAUCUGUGUUUCAGUUUACUGAUAUGAUCUUUGCCAGUCCAUAAAAACAUUAUUGCUUUGGUCAUCUAAAUGUUGUGUCAUUAGACCAAAUCAAAUUACUCAAUAUUUACACUGUAAGAAAAAGAAAAAGAAAAAAUGGAGAUAUGUGCUCUCUCAGGGUUUAUCUAAGGAAGGUGAUGUUUUAUGAGCUGACACUGAUAUAUUUGUUGUAGCUGGAGUCAAAUAUAUCCCAAAUUAAUCAGAUUUGGUGGUCCUUGGUAUUAUUUUCUGAAUGUAAAUGGGGAGUGGCUCAUUAAGAGACAAUAACUUGUGAAGCAAAAAAUGUAGCCGGGUAAAACCAAGUUGCAAGCAGCAGUUUUUGCCACAAGGUGGAGACAAACCCAGAAUAUCUAAUGGUUUCAGACUCCUGUUAUAAUUACAGUGAAAUACAACCAUUACUUUUGAAAAUUACUUCCUGUCAAAAGAAUUUUCACCCAUUAAUUGAGAUCAUUACACAGCGUUGAAGAUUGUGUUACUUAGAUUAAACAGGGUCUAACAUGAUUCUAAUUAAUGUAUCAUUAAAGUUUAACAAUGAACAAAACGUUGGUUGUAGUUUUAGUAAUAUUAUAUAAAAUCAACUGUCUUAUAAUCUGAGAAAAAACAAUUUCCAACCUACAAAAUAACAUUACCAGGUUUUACCAAAGCUUUGUCAACGUGUUACAAAGAGAGUUAGUUCAUGUGUUCAUCAGAGAUCAAAACAGAAGAACUAAUGUCGUUGAAAUCAUAAACACUGAAUAAACAAGAAUACUGCACAGGAGUGGAAGUAAAUAAUUAUAUUCACUCAGUUAACUGUCACCGAGUUUCCCAUAUUUGUAUUUGUACUUUCUGGGGUAAUUAUCAUACUUCAUUUUUAGGAGAAGCAUUUUUGCUUUUAUCAGAUGGGACAGCUGAAGAGAGACAAGAAAUUCAGAGAGCAGAGAUUGGGGGGCAGAAAAUAGUGCAAGGGGUUUCAGCCAGGAAUCAUGCCAGCAACUUCUGCAACAAGGGCUGAAAUUUGCAAGCCCUCUUCUGGGUGAGGUGAUAUUUAUGCUACUGCCCCAAACAACAUAGCUGCCAGGAUCACAGGGAUACACAAAACACUUCACCCCCAGCAUUGGUGAUUCUUGGGGACCCACCGAAACAAAGUCAUGAUAUUCCAUCCUUUCGUAUUAUACACCCUAUUUGUAAAUUGUGUUUCUUUCUCUCUCCUCUCUCAGUCGCACAGUUUUCUGAAAGCAAGUGCUUACAUAUAAAUUAAAAACAGAAUAGCAGGAGCUGACCAUCACUUUGCUGAAAGUGUUUCUCUGUUACAAGCAAAUGAGGACCUUCACAUUAGAUUGGAGACACUUUGGUCCCAGUUUACUGUCACACUGUUCUAUAUGAAGAAACAUGUUCUGCUUUUGACAUUGUGCUGCCAAAAGAUUAAAUGAGGACUAAAGAUUACACUAAUAGCCUCUGCUGAAGGGAUGAAACGGCGUAGUUAAAGAAAAAAAAAAAAAAAAGCUUUUUUCUCACUUUGGAAGUACUCACUUCGAUUAAGAGCCAUUUGUCACCUGGGUAUUCUUGUAAAUACCAUGCAGAAGGUAGCACAGUCUUUUCUAUUUUCAUCACAUAUACACAGUAUAUUAUAAAGUCAAAAUGUGAAUUGAGCACAGGCAGAAAUAUAACUUUAUGAUACAGUGGAGCAUCAUUGAACCAGUACUUCAUUUCAUGCCUGGCAGAGCAUAAAAGGCUUUUCACUAAGUAUAAUACCCUUUAUGAUUUGGCUGCAUCUCUGCAGUUUAUUUGGUUUGAUUAUGAUUUGUUAAAAGAAUUUUGGGACAUCUUUCUGUGGAAAAGGUCAUAUGGAUCAGCUCCAACAAAACAUGAAAAACCUCUGCUGCCACAAAUACUAUUUCAGUUUCUGAUUUCACCUUAAUACAGUGGAGGUCAAUGAUGUUUGACUUAUGGUGAUAUCAAAAGUAUUCAGCACCUCUGAUAGGCAUGAUUUCCUCAUUCAUGGUUAUCUUUAGCUGAAAUUUUGUCAGUUUGGGCUGUCAGAUUAUUAUUUUCACUUUAAAUUUAAGUGUUGACAUACUGGAUAUGUAGAAGCCCAAAACAGGAAUCUCAAUGUCAGACAAAUUAAGCAGUGUUGAUAUUUUGCUCUCAUUCACUUUUUCACCAUAGGUAAAAACUACCCCAUGAGUUUUCCAUUACUUGAAAUUCACUAGUCUUGAUCUUUAAAUUCGUAAUUUUUUGAAGGGCCUGUGUCCACUCAUGGCAUUUAAAAUUUUGAGCUGAUUGUGCUUAUUUUCUCUAAAGAAAGAUGAUUUUGUU